AUGAUUUCAAAGACAAGCUCAUCAUCCUCGCUCGUGGAUGUUGCCAUUGAUAAGGCUGCCAAGGCUAUUCUCUCGGCAUCUCAUCUUUAUUUUACUGCUGGAGCAGGAAUGGGAGUAGAUGGUGGCUUGCCAGAUUUCAGAGGAAAGAAUGGAUUUUGGAAAGCAUAUCCUCCCAUGCAAAAAUUAGGUCUGGAAUUUCAUCAAAUGAGUAACCCGAAAUGGUUUGACAAGGAUCCUACGUUAGCUCAUGGAUUUUUUGGUCAUCGUUAUGAUCUGUAUACUACGAAAAAACCACACGAAGGAUAUUACAUUUUAAAAGAAUUUUCACAAUUACCUCACAUUCAAGAUUACUUUGUGUUCACAUCCAAUGUAGAUGGUCACUUUCCACAAGUAUUUCCUGCCAACAAGAUUGUCGAAUGUCAUGGAUCAAUUUUACACUUGCAAUGCACAAAACCAUGCAAUGAAAAUAUUUAUACAGUUGAGCAACACAAUCAAAAAUGUCCUCCUGAACAACGAUAUCCACUUUUUGUAGAUCCUGAAACAUUUAAGGUAGAUGCUAAAUGUAUGCCACGAUGUCCAGAAUGUGGAGCUCUUGCAAGACCCAAUAUUUUAAUGUUCGGCGAUUCGUAUUGGAUUUCUUCUCGCUGUGACGACCAAGAGGAACGACUGUCACAAUUUGUGAGAGCCAUGUACAAAUCAGAUUCAGCUUCUCAUCUUGUUACGAUUGAGAUUGGAGCUGGAAAAGGAGUACCAACUGUUCGUAUGGAAUCUGAAACAAAGGUGGCACGUUUUCAUGAAUCCUCUAAGAAGGCAAAAGGAACCUUGAUUCGAAUUAAUCCAACAGAUUCUGAUUUCCCAUCGGACUUCCCAGAAGAGUGUGGAGUUUCCAUUGAAUUAGGAGGAUCAGUGGCACUUCAAAAGAUCAAAGCAAGAAUGGCAGAACUUCGAAAUUUCUCUUCUCACUAA